CCUCCCGUCGUCUCCCGCUUUCUUCUCUUACUUGAGAGUCGUGAGAGAGAAUAAAGAAAGAAAGAAAGAAAAAUAGUAAUGGCGAAUUCGAAGCUUCUCCUGGCUUCGAUUGCCAUUGCUCUUUUGAUCUUUAGAGCUAGAUCGGAGUCUUCGAUCUCAGGAGAGAUCGAGGAACCUGAGGCGGCGCGAUCUGGGCUGAGAUCGCAGUUAGAUGGGCUGCGAUCCGAGAUCUCGACUCUUGAAUCUAAAAUUGAGGAGAGUUUCCGCAAACUAAAAACCAAAGAAGACAGCAUUGCACAACUGCAUGCUAUUAUUGAAGAGAAAUCGUUAAGCAUUGAAUUCCUUAAGAGUGAGGUCGAAUCACUUCAGGGUGCUCUUGAUGGUAAGAAACUGGCCGGGAAGGCUGACGGCUGGGUUGGGGAACUCGAGAAGCAGAUCCUGCAACUUAAGAAUGAGAUUGAAUCCCAAGCCAAGAAGAAAAAGGAUUUGGAAUCUCGGUUUAGCAAAGCAGAAAAGAGAUUCCAGGAUCUUAAUCUAAGACUGGAAAGUCUCCAAAACACAAAUGAGGAACAGAAGCUACGGAUUAGAAAAACACAGCGCGCACUUGAACUGGCAGAGGAGGAGCUGAUGAGGGCACAGUUAGAAGCUUCAUCAAAGUUCAAAGAGUUGGCCGAGGUUCAUGGAGCAUGGCUUCCACCUUGGCUUGCAACACAUAUAAGUUAUAUUCAGGACCUUGCAGUAACUCACUGGAAUGAGCAUGUGAAACCUGUAUCAGUUCUUAUCCUGAAUAAGGCCUCACAGAAGUUGGAAGAGGUGCAAAAAUGGGCUGAACCCCACGUUGAUUCAGCAAGAACUAAAUGGAUCCCUGCUGCCAAGGAACAAUUGAUGAUCUUUAAAUCCAAUGCUAAACCCCACUUGCAAAGAAUUGCUAUUGUAGUCUUUAAGGCUUAUGAGGCAUCCAAAAACACUUUUAGACAGCAUGUUGUCAGAAUACAGGAAGUGGCAUAUCCCCAUCUCCAGGACGCUAGGGAGUUCUUAAAACCAUACAUCGAUAAAGCUGUUGACAUAUCCAAACCUCACAUUGCGAAUUUGCAAUACGUUGUGAUGCCUUAUAAGAAACAUGUGGCUCGUACUUAUCGCAAGUCUCUUAGAACAGCAAGAACCUAUCACCGCCAGGUUCAAGACAGCAUUCACAAGAAACUAAAGAACCACGAGCUAACAAAACCUUAUGCAACUAAAGAAUUGGCUUGGUUUCUGCAGGCCUCUGCACUGUUGGUGUUUCCUUUGUUCUUUCUGUACAGAGUUCUUGCAUCAGCGUUUUGCAAAAAGGCAAAGAAACCAAGACAAACUGCCCAUGCAAGUCACAUGCACAGGCGACCUAAGCGCAGACAUGCAGAGAAGUAGGACUGCAUUAAAUAUCUGUAUGUGCUGUUUAGUUUGAAGGAUUCACCUGAGCAAAUUAUGUUCGGAGUACUGUAGUCUCUCUUUAGUGCUCGAGAUAUUCGAAUUAAUGGCAGAAUAGUUUAGGGUUCUCCAGUACCUAUUGCCGGAAAUGUUGGAAGUAUAUGACAUUCCUUUCAUUUUUGCUCCGGUUGUUAAGGGGUUGUUUGGUUCGUUUCCCAUGUAUUGGGAAAUACAAUUUUAUGUAAAGAAAUCCAAGUUUUGGGUUUUCCAAACUUUUCCAAGAAAUAGAUUGUUUGAGUUUGUUUCACAUAUAAAACAUGAUAGGAAACUAAUGUAUACAUUUUUUUUGUGUUUGGUUGGCAUCAAAAAAGGGGAAAAACUUUUAGUUA